AUGUUGCUAUACUGCACUGGAGGCGAGACUGGACUUUCAGGACGCAAUGCAACACAGCGCGUCUCUCUGCGGUCUUCCAAACCUCCCAGACCUUCACCCCCGCCAAAAGCCUCGAUGGAUAGCCUGCCGAACGAACUCGUCCUAGACAUCUGCAGUUACCUAUCCCCAUCGGAACUCUGGUUCAGCGCGCGCCCCACUUCCCGUCAAUUCUACAACUGCGCCAAAGAAGUCUUAUUACAAAAGUGCUUCCACGAAGAGCAAGUCCACUUCUCUCGGUGCUGCUUCUGGUGCAGCCUUGGACACUCUUCCAUAGAAACAGUCCUGAGAACCAUCACGCCACUCUUUAGUGACAAGCAAAAGCUGCGCAUAGCAAGCAUCAGCGACCAGGCUUUGCUUGCUAAACUGGCUUUCGGAGGACUGUGCAAUCGCAUUGCGAGGUUUGAGCAAAAGAUCAAUGUUUCUGUCGGAGGAGGCGAAGAGGUCACAAUCACCGCUGCAGAGUGGCUGGGAUACGUGGGACAUCUACCUCGCGAUGUCCAGGUGCGCCGGUAUGGCUUCCUGGCGUUCUACUUUGCACGAGUCGGAAAGAAGAAAGUGGAAUGGCGGAUCACAGAACCUCUUCUGUCGGUUACGCACGUGCUAGGAUUCAUUGUGGUGGGUGUAGUCAUUGUGGCCUCCGCAUUGUCUGUCCUAGUUGUUGGCGGUGCCAUCUGGGAAGCAUGCAUACUGGCUAAGGGGUUGUGGAAUUUCUUUGACAGCUAUGUGGAUAUGGGUAAAGCAGCCUCGUCACCUGUACGUCGCCCCGACGUUCGGCACACACCACGCAAAGGGCUCAUCGGUCGAAGAGAGCAGCCUUCGAAAAAGGUACACAACGGCGGCACCAAAGCAUGGGGUGAACAGACUAAAUGGGCGUUACCUUCAGCAGGAAGCCUCAGAAAGGCUACACUACAAGAGACUCCGACAGACGAGACUAUUCGGCUAGUAAACCCGAGUGUGAACUCACUUGUUGGAGGGCGACUGGGUUCGCAAACACCAAGAUUUUCUGGAAGGGUAACCAAGCGGGCUGUUGGUGAGCCUCAGAAACAAAACGCAGAAGUGCCAGGUCUAUUAGAAGGCCCGCGAUCCGUGCUCUCAUGGCAAGAGUCGUUUGAGCUACAGCGAACACUCAGGCGAGAACUGCCUCCACCUCCCUCUAACAGAUACGAUUCUGCGGUCGACGUGACAAUCCGACCCCUUAACGUCCGCAAGCAUCAAGUCCAGAAGCCGUACUGCCCUUCUGGAUUGGGAAGAUCGGCCGCCGUACCCGUUCAGCCCAAACCCUCGGCCAACCCUCGAAUUCUCCAAGCAUCAGCAUUUCAUUCCCAGGUUGCCUUACCCACAACGGACAAGGAGCCAGUGAGAGGCUGGGAACAAGAUUGGGAAAAGCCUCUUCAGCAACGCGUUGGAGACUCGAGAGCGAUAUGGAAGUCGGCGUCACACCGUCUUCUACUGCGAAACAAAGAUAGCGUUCAACGACUGGAUGCUGAGCAAGCAAUAAUGGAGCAGAUGACUGCGAGGAUGGAGUUGGAGAAGAGGCAGCAGCCUCAGAUGAGGAGCAUUCAGAGCAUUGAAGAGAUGGCCGAAGAAGACAGGAGGGCAGAUGAGGAAUGGAAUGGUAAACACAGUCUGGCAGCCCUGAAAGGUCGACGUGCUAACAGCUUGGUCAUCUAG